AAAAAAAAGUACCUGAUCUAGUAGAGGGUUGGAUUCUCGUCGCGGGGCGUACAAAUGAUGCUGACUGUUGCAGUGAUGCCAGCCGCCAUGUGACCACGUGAUGGAAGUCGGUCUGGCAGUGCUGAGUGUUUUUCAGGUCACCUUAUUCGCACCUUCUUUUGGGCAGAUGAACUGGAUACGAAUGCUAGGAGAGGCAAUGCCCCCUCCCGUAUUGUGCCGGCAGAUGACGAUCUUUGGGCAUCGCGGGGAGAAUCUGGGGAAACAUCCACCUUCUGGAUCUGUCCGAACCGACUGCAAGUAUCACCAGUUGUGGAAUGGAAAUACUGUGCAAUCUCUCGACUGUAACCAUCUGACGUUGACCUUAACAUGUCAGUGUGUCUAUCUUUGCUUUUUUUCCGGCCCCAGUCUGGUAUCUGGCGUCGUCUUGUGGCUUGUAUGAUGGGAGUGCGCAUGUCCACUGAUCUUCUUCACGUUGGCCUCCACCUACUGGACGUUAUACUCUAUGUGGGCAUCUACGUACCUCCCAAAUAAGGCAGAACACCGACAGUUACGAGAAGAGGAAGGUCGGUA